CGUCUCCUCGGUCCCUACAUUCGACUACCAUAACACACUGCCCAGACCAUGUCUUCCUGGCGGUCUUGACAUCUCUGUCCAAACCACCACCUCGCGUACAUCUCCAUGGUGAUUUCCUGUUGUACUUAUGUUGAGUUACGCCACAAUGCCUUCUCAAGGAUCUCAACCCCUCUCCCAAUCAUCUCCUUUGUGUUUCCCUUUGCUCAAAUUUUCUUAUGCUACUGUAUCUAACGAAAGCAUUGCUCCCAUACCAUGGAUUCAUCUCUCCAGCAAGGGUGUUCUCUUCGCCAUUUUUGAAACCAGCUCGGUUCAGCUGAGAGAUGGUCGAACUGAGGAGUGUCAAACGUUCAAAGUGCUGCAAGAUCCUGAAGUCAUGGAAGAACUCGACCUCAAUGAGUUGGCGGUCGACGCCCAUCUUGCUCUAUUUGAUGCACGAUACGCACCAACUGCCAAUGUCCCUCACGUCGCCAUCAUAGUCAAAGUGCCUAUGAUUGCAAUCAAAUAUCCCAUGCCUAAUGGACAGGUGACAAAGACCCAUAUCCAAGCCUUCAAUACUCACCAGACUCCAGAUCCGACGUUUUCAGAUUCGCUUCUCCGAGAAUGAAGACUACUACGAAGCCAUGAAGAUGCUCUCGAGGGCGAAUGUGCCCACCGUCGAAGCCGGUACCUUUCCAGCUCACAAACCACAAGUCGCACCAAGACCAGCCGCAUUGAACCCCGUAACACCUAGCGACUCCGUUUCUCAAAUUGGACUGUCGAUACCUGGUUCGAGGGAAAACACUACAAACAAUGACAUGUCUGCUCUCUGUGUGUCUCGACCAAUGGCUCCUCCACAGAGAUUUGUGGCACCUGCACAACCAGCACAAUAUUCUUUGAGUGCACGACCACCACCUGAUGGAGACUUGCGCCCGGUGCAGACGCCGGAUCUUGGGCGUGCAUAUCCCAAAUCUAAUCUUGCACUUAGCACCGCCACUACUCUGGUUCCCGAGACACAGCAUCUCAGAAGACCCCUUGCUUUGCAAAACCAAUCAGAAGACGAACGUGGCGGUGAUAUACGCAGCCGGCAAUCGGCCAUAGCGUCUCAGUACCCCGAGUUUCAGGCCUUGCUGGGAAACACAGACCUAGGGCUUCAUGGAGCGCAAUUAGCAUCGCAAAUUACAAGAUCUCAAGUCAACCAUCACACCUGUUCACCCUUUACAGGCGGAAGCGAUGGUCCAGUCGGUAGGAUAGGGCGAAUUGAUGAGCAACUCACAAGUGUCCAAGAAGACUCAAGCCUUACCACGACCACGACCGCGAAAGGUAAGGGAAAGCGAAACGCGGCAAACAAGCCCGCAAAGGCGCCAGCAGUCAAAAAGCCCCGAACUGCCGCAUCGCGCAAGAAGACUACAACAAAGAAAGCACAAGAGGACAAGCGGGUGCCGACUCUUGAUGAACUACUUCAACAACCGGGAUACAGUUUGCUGCCGAACACUACGACCACCGAGUCCCGAAGCAUUCCAUGUCUGGAAAAUAAUCCGACCGAGCUCGACCAGAGGAAGAGCGUGGAAAUUGCCGAAACAGAGUACGACGCCGACCUCCACCCAGCUCAGGGUAGUUCAAGUCUCGGUGGCACGACGACCGGGUGCUUGACUCGCCCUGUAUCUCGAGCCCUUUCGUCGAUUCCAAUGCAAUAUAUCGAAGGAAGCGAUGAAAGCGUUCCCAAAGCUGCACUUGCACCAUGUACGCCAGCAGACCAGAUCAUCAUCAACCCAGCAACGCCAGCUUCGCCAGCCGCUCAGGCACAUACUACAGCCCUACCUCAACCCACGUCUAUUCCGCACCAUCGGGAACCCGGGGCUACGCCCCAUACCCAAGAGCCACAAUCUUCAACCCUUCCUGUACCCGACAGCGCUCUCCUCGACCUCGCACAGCAGUGCCUUUCCGCGGACCCGGCAUUCGACCUCUCCUCCGCUCAGUCCCGGCUUGAGGCGUGGAUCAAGCUACCUGAGCCGACACAGGCGACGGCGCUGAGGACUUAUUUCUGCGACCUGAUCAUGACAGAGGGGUUCAGCCAGCUGUGCAAGAGCGUGGAACUGUUUUGGGAAGGCGCAAUUCUGGAGGGGAGGAUGAUGACAAUGACUGCGGCGGCGGGGCCCGGGGCGGUGACGCCGGAUCCUGGCUCGACACACGAGACCGACGAAGAAGAAAUUUAGAAUCAAGCAAACAAAAAGAGCAAAGAGACAGAGCCCAGCAGAAGAGGUAGAAUGGGAACAUGGACCGAAGACCAGAAAGAUGGUUCAAGGGAGAAAAGAGAGAGCACGCGGGGGAAAAGAACGGUGAAGAUCUAAGGGCCGGGGGAUACGCAUGCACAGGUAGGAGCAGAGUGCAGUCAUCCACAGGCCAUCCAUCCAAUCAUUCAGUCAGCCAGGCCAGCAGAGAGGAAUCUGAAAACUACAAAAGCGAUGCCAGUUAGAAGACGGAAGAGGUGGAAGAGGUGCGCAGGAGUUGAUGGGUGCUAUGGUUUUGAUUUCAGACGGAUGUUCGCCUUGUUAGACUGGUAGACAACAUAGAUAGAGAGAAGCAUGUC